UGAACUCUAAUAUUAUGAUAUUAUUUUAUCAUUGCUUUGUCAUUUUGUGUGUAUUUUCAGACUUCACCAUGUCUGCAUCUCCAGAACUUUUGUGGGGAAUCAUCAGAAAUAACUCCAGCUUCCUACUCAAAGGAAGUGGACAGACUUACAGUCGGGAGGCAAACAACUUGAGAUCCCGUAACUCUUACCGCUACAAUGGAUUGAUCCACCGUAAAUCUCUGGGUGUUGAACCAGCCAAGGAUGGAAAGGGAGUUGUUCUUGUUACCAGGAAGUCAGGAGUUGUUGGACGGCCAGGAAAAUCAUACAAUCGUGUUGAGUUGAAGAAGGGAGGCCGAAAAACCCUGACAACCAUCAGAAACUCCAUCAGAAAGGGCAGAUACAGGAAGGACCUCAAAAUGGCUGCUGUCCGACGUGCCAGCGCCAUCUUGAAGAGCCAGAAGCCCAUUGCUGUUAGAAAAACUGUCCGAAAAAGGAAAGAUUAAUGUAUAUAGACACAGCAAAAAAAUAAAAUAACGACGAAGAA